UGAACACAUUGAACACUAGAUACUUGUGUUCAGUUUAAUUUAACUCUGCGUAGUCUAUAUACUGUGUUUAGCAUGCGCAGAUAUUUGUGGAGGACCUGCUCACCUACACCUACACAGAUAAUUAACUGGAUAUGCAAAUUGAACAGACAGAAUUGAAAAUAUAAAUCUGAACUAUGAGUGAACGUUGGCCACCCUGGAUCCUUAUUCUGAUCAUAGUAGCAGUUGGUGUAAACACUGUAAUUGGACAAACCUGUGUUUGGAUCAGACCUGGAAAUGAAUGGAGUACAGGGAAGAAGGAGUACAUACAGAUUCCAAUAAAUGAAACUGUUUCCUCCUGGUCCCUUCAACUACAGUUCUCCUCGCCGUUAACUGUACUAGAGGCUUGGAAAGGGACUGUGACUGAAAUUGAACCUGAGGAUGGAACAGCUUGGAGGAUAGAUAAUAAGUGUUACAAUGGACAACUAUAUAGUUGUCAGUGUUUGGAGCUGGGUAUUAUAAUGAGAUAUCUGAGAUACACAGAUCCUACUGUAGAUAUUUCAUUAAAUGGAAUGUACUUACCAGCUUGCAUAAGUGAACCUGAAUGCUCAACUGACCCAUCUGUUUGUCCUUACCUACUAGAUCCUGAAUCUACCACCAUCUGUAGCCUGUAUUACCAGCUGGUGACUCUUCAGUCUGAAGCUAAUCAAACAACUCUAGGUAUUCAGGAGGUGACAUGCCCAUACCUAGAUAAUCCCACCAGUGCUAACCUCCUGUGCCAACUGUGGUGCCAAGUUGAAGAAUUCUCAGGGAAUAAUUGUCAAGAUAUUUCCUCAACGAUACCAAUUUCUUCUACAGCCUCCUCAGAGACAACAUCUGGCCCUUGCCCAUUUGAUUCAUAUACCAACAAGGAUGUGCUCUGUCCUCUCUGGACUGAACUCAAAGCUGCUCUUGAUGCUAUCCCUACCUCCACAGAAGCUUCAAGUACUGGAACAUCCUCAACAGCAGAAUCAAAUAUUCAAGUCCCUUACAGCACAUGUCCUCAUAUAAACUUAACAGAUGGAGACCUAGCAUGUCAGAUGUGGUGCUCUCUUCAAGAUUUGAGCUUUGAUGUCCUCUGCAUUGGUGGUCCUUUGUGUCCUUAUGAAAGCUAUACCAGUCCACAUAACACAGAAAUAUGCUUACUCUGGACAGAGAAUGUCAACUUAAAGUUUUUACUAUUUGGGAUAAAUACAACAUCAACUGGUACACUGGCACCAACUGAAAUGACUCCUUUAUUUGGACUUAGCACUGAUGGAAGCAAUAUUGUUUCAUGUGUAUAUGAUGGUUACCCUUAUAUGACUGACUACUGCAGUUUAUGGUGUGAAAACCAGAUGCUAAAAUAUGGCAUCAUAUGUUCUGAAACAAGUACUUCUGCCUCUUCCUCUGCCACUGUAUUUUCAUCCUCUUCGAUGGAGAUCUCCUCUACUUCAUCAGAUGCUUCUACAAGUCCUUCAACAAACGAACCAUUAUGCCCCUAUGAAGCUUUUGUAGAAUCUGUUCUACUCUGCAAAUUAUACAAUAGUAUUGAAGCCGCCAAGUUGUACAGCAGUAUCACAACAUCAUCAUCAUCAUUAUUGUCAUCAUCGUUUUCAUCAUCAACUGCAUCAAGUGGAAUCACUACAUCAGCACCCCCAGAUGGGUUUUACGCUGGAACCUUUAAUGAAACUGAAUGCCCAUAUCUUGGAUUAACAAAUGGCACCUUGAUUUGUAGCUUGUGGUGUGAACUGCUUAGCUUAUCUACCAGAUUAUCUUGUGGAAUUGUAACGCCUAUUUCACCAACACCUACACAGGAAUUAACAACAGCUGAUAAUGUAACAACAAACAAUCCUAAUGGUACAACAACUGCAACUGCAGUUACAAAUUUAUCUUCAUCAGAAACUUCUACAGGUGAAUCAAGUAUUGCUUUCUCAACAGUAGCUUCUUCAACAACAACUUCCAAAGUUGGGUCAACUGAUGCUACUUCACCAUCAGCUUAUACAAAUGGAUCAACUGAUGCUUCUUUACCAGCAGCUUCUACAGAUGGAUCAACGGAUGCUUCUUCACCAGCAGCAUCUACAGAUGGCUCAAUUGAUGCUUCAUCAGCAUCAGCUUCAUCAGAUGGAUCAAAUGAUGCUUCUUCAUCAGCAGCUUUUACUGAUGGAUCAACUGAUACUUCUUCAUCAGCAGCUUCAACUAAUGUAUCAACUGAUGCUUUUUCAUCAGCAGCUUCUAAUGAUGGAUCAACUGAUGCUUCCUCACCAGCAGCUUUUACAGAUGAAUCAACUGAGUCUUCUUCACCAUCAGCUUCUUCAGAUGGAUCAAGUGAUGCUUCUUCACCAACAGCUUCUACAGAUGGAUCAUCUGAUGCUUCUUCAUCAGCAGCUUCUAUGGAAGGAUCCACUGAUGCUUCUUUUCCAACUGCUUCCACAGAUGGAUCAACUGAUGAAUCUUCACCAUCAGCUUCUACAGCUGGCUCAACUCAUGCUUCUUCAUUAAGACCUUUUACAGAUGAAUCAACUACUGCUUCUGCACCAACAGACUCUAAAAAUGGAUCAACUAUUUCUUCUUCAUCAUCAGCUUCUUCUGAUGGAUCAACAAAUGCAUCUUCACCAAAAGUUUCUUCAGAUGGAUCAACUGAUACUUUUUCAUCAGCAGCUUCUACAAGUGGAUCAACUGAUUUUUCUUCAUCAGCAGCUUUUUCAGGCGGAUCAACUGAUGCUUCUUCAUCAGCAGCUUCUACAGAUGGACCAAUUGAUUCUUUUUCAUCAACAGUUUCUACAGGUGUAUCUGCUGAUGCUUCUUCAUCAACAGUUUCUACAGAUGGAUUAACUGAUGCUUCUUCAUUAGCAACUUCUACAGAGGGGUCAACAGCAGUUUCUUCACCAACAGCUUCUACAGAUGGAGCAACUGAUGCUUCUUCAACAUUGGAUUCUACAGGUCAAUCAACUGCUGAUUCUUCAACAGCUACUUUGAUAGCUGGAUCAACUAAUGUUUCUUCACCAAAAUCUUCUACAGAUGGACCAACUGAUGUUUCUUCAUCAGUAGCUUCUACAGAUGGACUAACUAAUGCUGCUUCAACAUCAACUUCUACAGAUGGACAAACUGAUGCUUCCUCAACAUCAGCUUCUACAGAUGGAGCAACUGAUGCUUCUUCAUCAGCAGCUUCUAGAGAUGGAACAACUGAUUCUUCUUUUUCAGCAUCUUCUACAGGUGUAUCAGCUGACGCUUCUUCAUCAGCAGCUUCUUCUGAUGGAUCAACUGAUGCUUCUUCAUCAGCAGCUUCUACAGAGGGAUCAACUGAUGGUUCUUCAAAAUCAACUUUUACAGAUGGACCAACUGAUGCUUCCUCAACACCAGCUUCUACAGAUGGAGCAACUGAUGCUUCUUCAUCAGCAGCUUCUACAGAGGGAUCAACUGAUGUUUCUUCAUCAUCAGCUUCUACAGAUGGAACAACUGAUUCUUCUUUUUCAGCAUCUUCUACAGGUGUAUCAGCUGACGCUUCUUCAUCAGCAGCUUCUACUGAUGGAACAACUGAUGCUUCUUCAUCAGCAGCUUCUACAGCGGGAUCAACUGAUGGUUCUUCAACAUCAACUUUUACAGAUGGACCAACUGAUGCUUCCUCAACACCAGCUUCUACAGAUGGAGGAACUGAUGCUUCUUCAUCAGAAGCUUCUACAGAGAGAUCAACUGAUGCUUUUUCAUCAGCAGCUUCUACAAAUAGACCAACUGAUUCUUCUUCUUCAGCAGCUUCUACAGGUGUAUCAAAUGAUGCUUCUUCAUCAGCAGCUUUUACUGAUGGAUCAACUAAUGCUUCUUCACCAGCAAAUUCUACAGAUGGAUCAACUGGUGCUUCUUCAUCAGCACCUUCUCCAGAUGGAUCAACUGAUGCUUCUUCAGCAGCAGCUUCUACAGAUGGAUCAUCUGAUACAUCUUCAUCAGCAGCUUCUACUGAUGGAACAACUGAUGCUUCUUCAUCAGCAGCUUCUACAGAGGGAUCAACUGCUCCUUCUUCAUCAGCAACUUCUUCAGGUGGAUCAACUGCUGCUUCUUCUACUGAUGUUUCUUCAUCAGCAGUUUCUACAGAUGAAUCAACUGAUACUUCUUUAUCAGCAGCUUCUACAGAUGGAUCAACUGAUGCUUCUUCACCAGCAUCUUCUACAGAUGCAUCAACUAAUGCUAUUUCAUCAACAGCUACUUCAGAUGAAUCACCUAAUGGUUCUUCAUCAGCAUCUUCAACAAAUGGAUCAACUGAUGCUUCUUCAUCAGCAGCUUCUGAUGAAGUAUCCACUGAUGCUUCUUCACCAGCCUCUUCCACUGAUGGAUCAACUGAUGCUUUUUCAUCAUCAGCUUCUACAGAUGGAUUAACUGAUGGAUCUUCACUAGCAGCUUCUACAGAUGGAUUAACCGAUGCUUCUUCAUCCGCAGCUUCUUCAGAUGGAUCAACUGAUGCUUCUUCAAGUAAAUCCACUGAUACUUUUUCAACAGUAGCUUCUACAGAUGAAUCAACUGAUUCUCCUUCACCAGCAGCUUCUACAGAUGGAUCAACUGAUGCUUCUUCAUCAGCAGCUUUUACUGAUGGAUCGACUGAUGCUUCUUCACCAGCAAAUUCUACAGAUGGAUCAACUGGUGCUUCUUCAUCAGCACCUUCUCCAGAUGGAUUAACUGAUGCUUCUUCAGCAGCAGCUUCUACAGAUGGAUCAUCUGAUGCUUCUUCACCAGCAGCUUCUACAGACAGAUCAACUGAUGCUUCUUCAUCAGCAGCUUUUACAGAUGGAUCAACUGAUGCUUCUUCACUAUCAGCUUCUACAGAUGGAGCAACUAAUGUUUCUUCAUCAGAAGCUUCUACAGAGAGAUCAACUGAUGCUUCUUCAUCAGCAGCUUCUACAAAUAGACCAACUAAUUUUUCUUCUUCAGCAGCUUCUACAGGUGUAUCAAAUGAUGCUUCUUCAUCAGCAGCUUCUAAUGAUGGAUCAACUGACACUUCUUCAUCAGCAGCUUCUACAGAGGGAUUAACUGAUGCUUCUUCAGCAGCAGCUUCUACAGAAGGAUCAACUAAUAUUUCUUUACCAGCAGCUUCUACAGAUGGAUCAACUGCCUCUUCAUCAUUAGGAGCUUCUACAGAUGGAUCAACUACUGCAGAUGGACCAAAUGAUUUUUCUUCAUCACUAGCUUUUACAGGCAUAUCUACUGAUGCUUCUACACCAGCAGCUUCUACAGGUGGACCAACCAAUGUUUCUUCGACAGUAGCUUCUACAGAUGGACUAACUGAUGCUUCUUCAUCAACAGCUUUUACAGAUGGCCAAACUGAUGCUUCUUCAACAUCAGCUUCUACAGAUGGACCAACUGAUGCUUCUUCUGCUGCUGCUUUUACAAGUGGAUCAACUAAUAUGUCUGUUGCUGCCUCUACAACUGGGUCAACUAAUGCUUCUUCACCAGGAGCUUCUACAGCUGGCUCAACUGCUGCGUCUUCACUAGCAGCUUCUACAGCUGUAUCAACUGAUGCUUCUUCUGCUGCUACUUCUACAAGUGGAUCAACUAAUACUUCUGUUGCUGCCUCUACAACUGGGUCAACUAAUGCUUCUACACCAAGAGCUUCUACAGCUGGCUCAACUGCUGCUUCUUCACUAGCAGCUUCUACAGCUGGAUCAACGGAUGCCUCUUCUUCAUCAGUUUCUAAUGGUGAAACAACUGAUGCAUCCUCACCAGCUGUUUCAACAGUUGGAGCAACUGAUUCCUCUUCAUCAGCAGCUUCUACAGGCGGAUCAACUGCUUCUUCUUCAUCAGCAACUUCUACAGGUGGAUCAAAUGCUGCUUCUCCUACUGAUAGAUCAACUGAUGUUUCUAUAUCAGCAGCUUCUACUGAUGGACCAACUGAUGCUUCUUCAUUAGCAGCUUCAACUGCUGGAUCAACUGAUGCUUUUUCCUCAGCAGUUUAUACAGAUGAAUCAACUUAUACUUCUUCAUCAGCAACUUCUACAGAUGGAUCAACUGAUGAUUCUUCACCAGCAGCUUCAGCAGAUGCAUCAACUGAUGCUAUUCCAUCAACAGCUACAUCAGAUGGAUCACCUGAUGGUUCUUCAUCAGCAUUUUCUACAAAUGAAUCAACUGAUGCUUCUUCAUCAGCAGCUUCAAAUGAAGUAUCCACUGAUGCUUCUUCACCAGCCUCUUCCACAGAUGGAUCAACUGAUGGAUCUUCACCAUCUGCUUCUACAGCUGGAUCAACUGAUGCUUUUUCAUCAGCAGCUUCUACAGAUGGAUUAACUGAUGGAUCUUCACCAGCAGCUUCUACAGAUGGAUUAACCGAUGCGUCUUCAUCCGCAGCUUCUACAGAUGGAUCAACUGAUGCUUCUUCAUCAGCAUCUUCUACAGAUGGAAAAACUGAUUCUUCUUCAAGUGAAUCCACUGAUUCUUUUUCACCAGUAGCUUCUACAGAUGAAUCAACUGAUGCUACUUCACCAGCAGCUUCUACAGAUGGAUCAACUGAUGCUUCUUCAUCAGCAGCUUCUACAGACAGAUCAAUUGAUGCUUCUUCAUCAGCAGCUUUUACUAAUGGAUCAACUGAUGCUUUUUCACCAGGAGCUUCUACAAAUGGAUUAACUGAUGCUUCUUCCCCAGCAGCUUCUCCAAAUGCAUCAACUGAUGCUUCUUCAACAGCAUCUUCUACAGAUGGAUCAACUGAUGCUCCUUCACCAGCAGCUUCUACAGAUGGAUCAACUGAUGCUCCUUCACCAGUAGCUUCUACAGAUGGAUCAACUGAUGCUACUUUAACAACAGCUUCUACAGGUGGAUCGGCUGAUGCUUCUUCAACAUUAGCUUCUACAAAUGUAUCAACUGAUUUUUCUUCAUCAGCAGCUUCUACAGAUGGAUCAACUGAUGCUUCUUCAUCAGUAGCUUCAACAGAUGGAUCAGCUUCUGCAUCUUCAUCAGAAGCUUCUACAGCUUUAUCAACUAUUCCUCCAACCAUGGGUGGAAGUACAGUAGCUGGGUUAAUUCCAAUUGGUGGAACUGCAAUUGGAUCUACUGAUACUCCUUCACCAGCAGCUUCUACAAGUGGACAAACUGAUGGUUUUUCACCAGCAGCUUCCACAAAUGUUUUCAAUGAUGCUUCUUCAACAUCACCUUCCAUUGCUGGCUCAACAGUUGCUUCUCCACCAGUAGCCUCUACUGCUGGAUCAAUUGAUGCUUCUUCUACAGCAGCAUCUACAGGUGAAAGAACUGAUGCAUCAUCAUCGUCUGUUUCAACAGUUGGAGCAACUAAUCCCUCUUCAUCCGCAGUUUCUACAGGUGCAUCAACUGCUCCUUCUUCACCAACAACUUUUGCAGCUGCUUCUACAGAUGGGUCAACUGAUGCUUCUUCUGCAGUAGCUUUUACAAAUGAAUCAACUUCUGCUUCUUCAUCAGCAGCUUCUACUGGUGGAUCAACUGAUGCUUCUUCACCAACAGCUUCUACAGGUGGAUCAACUUUUGCUUCUUCACCUGCUGCACCUACAGUUGGAUCAACUGAUACUUCUUCACCUGCAGCUUCUACAGUUGGAUCAACUGAUGCUUCUUCACUCACAGCUUCUACAGGUGGAUCAACUGUUGCUUCUUCACCCACAGUUUCUUCAGGAGGAUCAACUGAUGCUUCUUCAUCAGCAACUUCUACAGAUGGAUCAACUGUCAUUUCGUCAACAGGAGCUUCUACAGAUGGUUCAACUGUUGCCUUGUCACCAGCAGUUUCUACAGAUGAAUCAACUGAUGCUUCUUUACCCACAGCAUCUACUGGUGGAUCAUCUAAUGCUUCUUCCCCAGCAGCUUCUACAGAUGGAUCAACUGAUGCUUCUUCACCAGCAGCUUCUACAGAUGGAUCAUCUGAUGCUUCUUCAGCAGCAGCUUCUACAGAAGGAUCAACUAAUACUUCUUUAACAGCAGCUUCUACAGAUGGAUCAACUGCCUCUUCAUCAUUAGGAGCUUCUACAGAUGGAUCAACUACUGCUUCUUCAGCUGGAUCAACUGCUGUUUCAUCAUCAGCAGCUUCUAUUGAUGGAUCAACUGCUGCUUCAUCAUCAGAAGCUACUACAGAGGGAUCAACUGAUGCUUCUUCACCUGCAACUUCUUCAGUCGGAUCAAAUAUUACUCCUUCACCUGCACCUUCCACAGGUGAAUCAACUGCUGCUUCCUUAUCAUCAGCAUCUACAGAUCAAUCUACUGCUGCUUCAUCAUUAGCAGCUUCUACAGAUGGUUCAACUGUUUCUUCUUCACCAGCAGCUUCUACAGAGGGAUCAACUGAUGUAUCUUCAACUGCAGGUUCAAAAGAUGGAUCAACUUCUGUUUCUUCAUCAGUAGCUUCAAUAGCUGGAUCAACUGAUGCGUCUUCCCCAGCAGCUUCUACAGAUGGAUCAACUACUGUUUUAUCAUCAGGAGCUUCUACACAUGAACCAAUUGCUUCUACAGCUGGAUCAACUGAUACUUCUUUAACAUCAGCUUCUUUAGAUGGAUCAACUGAUGCUUCCUUAACAUCCCCUUCUGCAGCUGGAUCAACGGAUGAUUCUUCACCAGCAGUUUCUACAGCUCGACCAACUGAUGCUUCUUUAACAUCAGCUCCUGCAGCUGGACCAACAGAUGCUUCUUUAACAUCCAAUUUUUCUUCAACUGCAGCUUCUACAGAUGCAUCAACUUCUGGUUCUUUACCAGCAGCUUCUACGGAUGGAUCAACUUUAGCUUCUUCAGCAGCAGCUUCUACAGCUGGAUCAACUGAUGCUUCUGCACCAACAGCUUCUAAAGAUGGAUCAACUGCUGCUUUUUCACCAGCAGCUUCUACAGAUGGAUCUACUUCUGCUUCAUCACUUGCAGCUUCUACAGAUGGAUCUAUGAAUUCUUCUUCAUCAUCAGCUUCUACAGAAGGAUCAACUGCUGCUUCUAUUCCAGCAGCUUCGACAGAUGCAUCAACUACUGCUUUUUCUGCAGCAGCUUCUACUGAUGGAUCAACUGAUGCUUCUUCUGCUGCUACUUCUACAAGUGGAUCAACUAAUACUUCUGUUGCUGCCUCUACAACUGGGUCAACUAAUGCUUCUACACCAAGAGCUUCUACAGCUGGCUCAACUGCUGCUUCUUCACUAGCAGCUUCUACAGCUGGAUCAACGGAUGCCUCUUCUUCAUCAGUUUCUAAUGGUGAAACAACUGAUGCAUCCUUACCAGCUGUUUCAACUGUUGGAGCAACUGAUUCCUCUUCAUCAGCAGGUUCUACAGGCGGAUCAACUGCACCUUCUCCAUUAGCAACUUCUACAGAUGGAUCAACUGCUGCUUCUUCACCAGCAGCUUCUACUGAUGGAUCAACUGGUGCUUCUUCAUCAGCAUCUUCUACAGGUGGAUCAACUGCUCCUUCUGUACCAACAGCUUCUACAACAACAACAUUUACUACAACAACAACAACAACAGCAGCAACAGUAAAUUCUACUCCUAUUACUACUACUACUUCUACUCCUAUUUCAACUCCUACUACUUCUAGCACUACAACUACUUCUACAACUACUUCUACUACUACUACUGCUUCUACUACUACUACUACUACUACUACUUCUACUACUACCACUAGUAGUAGUAAUACUACUACUACUACUACUAUUACUACUACUACAACUACUACUUCUAAUACUAUUAGUACUACUAGUACUACUACAACUACUACUACUAGUACUACUUCUUCUACUACUACUACUACUACUACUACUACUACUACUACUACUACUACUACUACUACUACUACUACUACUACUAAUACUUCUACUACUACUACUACUACUACUACUACUACUACUACUACUACUACUACUACCACCACUACAACUACUUCUACUACCACUACUUUAACUACAACUCCUCCAAUUUUGGAAACUUCUGUUAUUUUAUGCCCGUAUAAUGGUUGGGUUGAUGAGAUCGAACUUUGCAAACUCUGGAACCAAGUUCAGUCACUUAGUACAACUGUUGACACAUUAAUAUCCUUGGUUAAUGCCCUUUUACUUGGUAAGCGCUCAAAGAGAUCCCUUUCUCUUCCCGGCAAUUACCAGAAUAUGACCACUACUGAACAGGAAACCUUAGUUGCAUUAAUAGAUGCAUACAAUGCUAUUUUUCCUUGUUGCUUCCCAGCAACUGAUUGCAACGAGCUUGUUAUUGAUGAGGUUUCUGCUAGGAUUAGCAGUCUUAACACUCAACUUGAGGCAGCUGGAACUCUAUCACAAGCAUUCAUUGCUGAGUACAGCACUUAUACUGGACAAAUUACUGAGCUUGAUGAAACUUGUGGAAGGACACCUUCCACCACUGUUUCAACUGAAACAACUGCAACUACAGUAACAACAACUGUAACAACAACUGAAUCUGUAUGCUGUCCUGAAUAUUCUAGCCUUGAACCAGAAGUGUGUGCCCUCCUGUGUGCUCUUGUGUUUGGUAGAAGAAGGAGAAGUGAAUUAUCUAUAGAUUCAGCAGUUUCUACCGAAUCCUCUACAGUUGCUAUGGAGGAAGCAUAUAUUCUACUCUUUACAAGACUAAGGUGUAUUAGACAAGAUGAGGACCAGGUUCUAAAGCAUAAUCAAAUUGAGAAGCUACGUCAAAGUUUACAGAUUAUUCAACCUUAUCUAUGGACUAAACAGAAUAAUAAUAGUGUCCAGUUCAACUUUAUUCAAAGGGAAAUGAAAUUACUUUUAGCAGCUGCGAAGACCCCUCAACGCCCUACUGUAAUAGAUAUGCAGAAUUAUGAGAAUAGGACAGACGCCUUGGUUGGGUGUAUUUGUUUAAUUGUAUCACCAGCCUUUAACAACACAAAUAUGGACGGAAUUGACUGCAGUAUGUCUGCCAGUUCUGAAGAAGAUUUUGAAACAGAAAUACAAAACACAAUUUUUACCUCCAUCAGCGAACAGACAGUAGGAAUUGAAAACCAGAGAAGCAGUUUCUUUUCCCUUCUUCAUCUAAAAGAAUGCGGUUUUAUAACAGCUGAGCACCAACGAGUUCUUCAAGAAGUUGUAUUGACAGCCUAGAUGACUCAAGAUAAACACCUCAACGGAAGAUGACCACCUCAACCUAUGAUGACCGCCUAACCCAACGAUGACCACAGCGACCUCUUUGACCGACAUCCCAGCUUGAAAUAAUUGGAAAGGAUUCUAAAGAUUUUAGUUUAUAAGCAUAUAUUUAUCUAUACUCACAAAAAUGAUACAAUUCUAAAUCAUAAUCAAUAUUUAGCUAUGUAAGGGUUUAGUUUUGUAAGGUUGAUGUUUUAUAAGAGAGCAUUGCAGAUAAUAAAAAUAACAUUUUA